GACGCUAGGGCCAACGGUACUGCUGCUGGAGUAGAUCAAUAAUACACUGAUAAAUAUCAAUCGACGCGCGUAUAAAGAGCAGGAAUAAGGACAGCACCGAGUUAAACAUAGACUGUUCCUCUGGCGAUUAUUACCAAGCGGAGUGACGCUUGUGUUGGACUUUUAUCGUAAGAUUUUUGGGUUGAAGAGACGGCACGAGAGCAGCGCGAGGUGGUAAGGGAAGAAGUUCCUAUGGACCAGCAGUGAAAGCAUUGCCAAGGCAUUUCACCUAACCUGGAUGAAUUCCUCUCUUUCAAUAUCUACUGAUGAUAGGGGGAAGGUCUGAUCACACAAUGGUGUCCACACAUGCCUGAUUUAACUGAGAAGAAGCUCCAUCACGAAGUUCAUUUAUAUCCAACUAUUGUCUGUCCUCCAUUCUCUGGCCUUUCCAGUUGAGUGGCUGCCCAUGUUCCCUAAGCUUUGUUAUUUCAGCUACACUGUGGGCAUGCUCCAGUGCUGAGCUCUGCCACAUAGCCAUACCAUGACCAGUCUAAAGCGUUCACAGACCGAGCGCUCUGUGGGCGGCUCUGUUCCAGCCACAGAUGAGUUUUACACUCGCCGUCUGCGCUUGCCCAAUGGUGGUGCACCACCCCCUCGCAGUGAGAGCACACACUUGACUGGCACGCCUGGAGUUCCCAAAAUGGGCGUUAGGGCACGGGUUGCUGACUGGCCCCCCAGGAAAGAUGGCAGCACUGGAGGAAGUGGAGGAGGAGGAGGGGGAGGAAAUGGAGGGGGGGUGUGGCACAUCACAGUGGAGACCGAUUCACCUUCUACCACCACAGGAAGCACCCAAAGCAACUUGUCGACCAAGCUUGGUCACCUGAUCAGCCCUCAGGACUCAUCCAUGCUGCGUAACAUUCAUAACACACUGAAGAACAAGAUGCAUAGCAAAGGUAAAGACAAUCGCUUUCUCUCCCCAGAUGGUUAUCUGGGUUCGCCCCGUAAGGGUAUGCGGCGCAUCCGACAGCGCAGCAACAGCGAUAUCACCAUCAGCGAACUGGAUGCCGAUGGCAGUGAAGGCUGGUCUUUUUCAGGCUGGACGCCUAUGCAUAGAGAGUAUGGCAGUACAUCCUCCAUUGACAAGCAUGGUGUAUCUGGUGAGAGCUUCUUCGACAUGCUUAAAGGUUACCAAACCGAUGCUCCUGACCAGCGCAGCCCUGCCCCUGAAAAGUUGAGUGAGUUGCUGACAGUAGCCCAUAAACAAACUGCCUUUGACCUGCCUGAUGGACAGCUGGGUCCUCCUCGUGGCAGUCCCGCCAGUCGACUGAAAGAAAGAGAAAAACACAUGAAACGGCGUUCAAAGUCAGAAACAGGUGGAGAAUCUAUAUUCCGUAAGCUGCGAAGCGUCAAAGCUGAAGGUGAUUCAUCACGUGCAGGUUCUGAUGCAGAAGAUGGAAAGUCAGAUGAUGCAGGUCUUCCUCCCAAACCAUGGGUCUGCCAGAAAGGGUUUGCACACUUUGACGUCCAGAGUAUUCUGUUUGAUCUGAAUGAGGCAGUGCAAAGUCGACAAAGUGCGGUUAAGAGGAAAAACACCACCACCGGUGCCUCUGCUGCAGCUGCAGCCUCAGCCUCCAACACAUCAUCUCUCUCAUCCACCCAAAGUGGGGCUUACAGCUCCCCUUGUGGCAGCCAGGAAGAGCUCAACAUCAAGGAUGGGCCUUCUCUUGACUCAGGUGAUGAGAAGAGCAACGAGCUAGUUCUCAGCUGCCCAUGUUUUCGUAAUGAUAUUGGUGGUGAAGGAGAGAGAAACAUAAGCCCUUCAAAGCUGGGCAGUAUUGGCAGUGGGGCCUCCAGCUCUUCAAGAGAUGAUGAAGGAUCCCCUGAAAGAGCUCCCAACACCCAUUUUAGCAAUGCUGGGGUGGCUGUUCUUGAAGCGCCCAAGGAUGGCAAGAGUCUCCAUCAUGAUCGUGGAAAAAGCAACAUAGUUGAACAUGUGGACUUGGGUUCCUAUUAUUACAGAAAGUACUUUUACUUGAGAGAGCACUGGAACUACUUAGGUGUUGAUGAGACACUGGGGCCAGUAGCAGUGAGCAUUCGUCGGGAGAAACUGGAGGAUCACAAAGAGCAUGGCCAACAAUUCAAUUACAGAAUAAUCUUCAGAACCAGUGAGUUAACAACCUUACGGGGCUCCAUUUUGGAGGACGCUGUGCCCUCCACCUCCAAGCAUGGUUUAGCUCGAGGCCUGCCUCUGAAAGAUGUGCUGGAUUAUCUUGUACCUGAACUCAAUGCCCACUGCCUCCGACUUGCCCUUAACACACCCAAGGUCACAGAGCAGCUGAUGAAACUGGACGAGCAGGGGCUUAGUUUCCAGCUGAAGGUGGGAGUCAUGUACUGCCAGGCUGGCCAGAGCAGUGAGGAGGAGAUGUACAAUAAUGAGGCAGCAGGUCCCGCCCUGGAGGAGUUUCUGCAGUUGUUGGGGGAAAGGGUGCGCCUCAAAGGUUUUUCUAAGUACCGUGCCCAACUGGACACUAAAACGGAUUCUACUGGAACCCAUUCUUUGUAUACAACAUUUAAAGACUACGAGAUCAUGUUCCAUGUGUCUACAAUGCUCCCUUACACACCCAAUAACAAACAGCAGCUGCUAAGGAAAAGACACAUUGGAAACGACAUAGUUACAAUCGUGUUUCAAGAGCCCGGAGCAAAACCCUUUAGCCCCAAGAACAUCCGCUCACACUUUCAACAUGUCUUUGUGGUUGUACGAGCACACAAUCCAUGCUCCGAAAACACCUGCUACAGUGUUGCAGUGGCACGCUCACGUGACGUACCUGCUUUUGGACCAACUAUUCCUGAGGACGCAACAUUCCCAAAGUCCACGGUCUUUCGAGAUUUCUUGCUGGCCAAGGUUAUUAACGCCGAAAAUGCAGCCCACAAGUCGGACAAGUUCCGUGCCAUGGCCACUCGGACACGUCAGGAGUACUUGAGGGACCUGGCCGAACGCCAUGUUACGAGCACACCUAUCGAUCCCUCAGGCAAAUUCCCUUUUAUUUCUCUGGCUCACAAGCGCAAAGAGAAGAACCGGCCAUACCUUGGUGCAGAACUGCGCAGUCCAGGGUCCAUCACUUGGCCUGUUUACGCAGAGGACCACGGGGCUGGAGGAGAACUGGAAGGCCUGCUGGCUAUUUCCAAUGAUUUCCUUGUGUUUGUGGACCCAGAAGCUAAGGCUGUAGUCUUCAACUGUGCUGUCCGGGACGUCAUUGGCUGGACAAUGGGAAGCCCUGCUUCCAUGAAGAUCUACUACGAGCGUGGAGAGUGCAUCUCGCUACGAUCCAUCAAUAACAACACAGAAGACUUUCGUGAGGUUGUCAAACGUUUGGAGCAUCUUACUAAAGGCUGUGAAACCAGUGAUAUGACCUUGCGGAGGAAUGGAUUAGGCCAACUUGGCUUUCACGUUAACUACGAGGGUAUUGUUGCUGAGGUGGAGCCAUAUGGGUAUGCCUGGCAGGCUGGGCUGAGACAAGGCAGUCGAUUGGUUGAGAUUUGCAAGGUGGCUGUAGCAACACUUUCACACGAACAGAUGAUAGACCUGCUCCGCACCUCAGUGACUGUGAAAGUUGUGAUCAUACCACCACAUGAGGACGCCACGCCUCGCAGGGGCUGUUCAGAGCUGCAACGUAUGCCUGUGGUGGAAUACAAGGGUAGCAAUGAGAGCGGCUCAUAUGAGUACAAGUUCCCUUUCCGGAGCAAUAACAACAAAUGGCAACGAACCUCAUCCAGUCCACAGCGGUCCCUCACAGCCUCGCCCCAGAGUCACAGCGGAACCCCAAACCGGGCUGUCAGCCUGGGGGCCAGCAUGGGCAAGACUCUCUCUGCCGAGCGGCCUGAGAGAGCUGCUGCCAUCCCCCGCAGCGUUUCUAGUGAUGGCCGGCCACUUGAUUCCAAAAGGAUAUCUCCAGGUUCUGAGAACUAUGCCCUGAGCUCCUCUCACAUAUUGGGCCGGUCGCCGCACAACCGCAGUUCUCCCAGUAACCUCUCCUGCUCCAGUGACACGGGCUCAGGCAGCUCAGCUCACUGGAGACAGAAGUCCAUGCCUGAGGGAUUUGCUCCCAACAGGCACUCCCCUCUCCCAGCGGAGCGGCAAAUGGUGGCAGAAGGUGGGAGCAGCAGCAAGUCGACCCCCAGCUGGCCCAGAGUAGAGGACAGCUCUGACAGACCACCAUCAGAUUCUCCGGUCACUAAGUCUAGCUCAUCCUACUCAGGUGGCCCACGCAUCCAGAGACAGGAGCAGGUCAUUCACCUUUCCCCCAAGAAGGGCAGCCAGUCGGAAGGUCCUUACUCCCACUCCAGCAGUAACACUCUCUCCAGCACUACGUCCAGUGGGGGUCACAGUGAUGACAAGUGGUAUGAUCUAGGUAGUGGAGGGUUAGGAGACCAGCCAGACUUGGAGCCGAACGGUCUGGGCGGUGGUGGAUACCUGCAGGGUGCUUCAGCGGACAGUGGCAUUGAUGCCACUUCGUACGCCCCCCCUCAUGGGAGUUCCACCUCUCUGCUGGCUGUGGGAGCUCCUGUGCCCAGAGAGCGAGCCCCUUCACCCUGGCACAGCCCCACAGAAGGGGGCCGGAGGGUGCUUGAGAGGUCCUCUCCAGUUGCAGAGUCUCCAGUGUCCCCUGCGGAUGGGCCACCUACUACCCGAAGCCCACCAACUCAUCUGCUGGUCCGGGAUGGCAGUUCAUACAGUCUAAGCGACAUGGCAUCCUAUUCCAGCACACGCCACACUGUUAGCCCUGCAGUCCUGAGCUCCUGCCAUAGCUCCCCACGUGAAGAGUCUUCCUCAGCCACCUCCCCCUCCUCCUCCUCCUCCUCCCAGAGCUCUGUGUCACCUGGCCCCAAGAGUUUCUAUCCUCGUCAGGGAGCCACCAGCAAGUACCUGAUUGGCUGGAGGAAACCAGGCAGUACCAUCAACUCUGUGGACUUUGGGGACACACGCAAAAGACCACAGGGUGAAGGGACCGAAGGUGGUUCAUCUCAGCCCAGGCCCUCUCUCAGAGAUCUGCACUCUCCUCAAGCUAUGUGCAAGUCCACAGUGGAAGAGGACCUGAAGAAAUUAAUCCCACCAGACAGUACCCCAUCCAAACAACACAAGGAGAAGUCCUCCUUGUCUGGUCCAUCAACCUCAGGGCGUCGUUCUCUGCAACGCACCCUUUCAGAUGAGAGUAUAUAUCGGGGUCAACGGCUGCCAACUCUGGGAGAUUCCAUUCUGGAGCAGGCUCUUGCUAGUGACGUUCUCUUCAGCUGCUCUACCAUUCCACGAUCUCCAACCACCCGUGGUGUCCCAUUGCGUAGACCCUCCUACAAGAUGGGCAUCAAGAUGCAUGGUGACUUCUCCGCGUCUGACACCUCUCUAGCAGACCUGCACGAGCGACAGAGACUGCCUCCUCCUGAAUUGGGUCUCAUGCCCCUCCCAGACACGGACACUCACAGCGGCUUGGACUGGACCCACCUCGUUGAUGCUGCCAAUGCUUUUGAGGGAGAGAGAAGACCACAGCGCAUCCAGAGAGGAUUUAUGUUUAGUUCUCAGGACGUCAGUCAGAGAGGACAGAGUUCACUCAGUCCUCAGCACCUAGAGCUUCAACCAGUGCCCCACUCCAGACUCUCUCCCAGUGAUGGGCCUAUAAGCUACGGUGGGAAGAUUUCUCAACUGGAGGCUUUGGUGAAGAUGUUGCAGGAGGACUUGAAGAAGGAAAGAGAAGAAAAAUUGAAACUGCAGGCACAAAUUAAAAGGCUUUGGGAGGACAAUCAGAGGCUGCAAGAAGAGUCUCAAAGCUCUGCUGCCAAGCUCAAGAAGUUCACAGAAUGGGUCUUUAACACCAUUGAUCUGAACUGAGCCAUCUGCAGAAGACAGGGAAGAUCAAUUGACUUUCUAAGGACCAGACAAGAUGUGGGGGAGACUUGAGCACUACAUCAUGUGCUACCGGAUUGAGAUUUAUCCAUUCACAAUUCAACAUAAUUUGAUUUUCUCAUUUACAUUUCUUCUCGAACAGUCAAUUAUUUCAAACUGUGUUGAUGAGGAAACAACACUGGCAUGGCUCGGAGGUGGGCAAAAGAAAACAAAUCUUCACACCUUUCCACUGAUUAGUUCUCCUCUCUAAAUCCAUCGGGAUAUCGUUAGAAGCCCCCACAAGAGUAACUAGCUACGGGCUGUUCCACACUUGUCCCUCCUGUGCCCUACUUACCACUGACAACCUGACAUUCUGUUUCAGUCAUUUGGACAGUGCUACAGCCCUGCCCCAUCCAGACCUCAGAGACUGAGUAGAAGAAGAAAAAAGAAACAACGACGACUCUGCGACAGCAUGUCCUGUUUAUUCCACCUUGAACACCACUUUUUGCCAUGUUGUGAAAUUUGCAUGCUCUGGCAAAUCAAUCCACAAAACUCCCUGCUAUUCAGAUAACAUUUGUAUUUCAACAGAAGGAAAAGACCGUUUUUCUGAGGUGGAGUUUUUUUUGAGGUGGAAGUGAUUUGCUUAUGAAGUCAAUAGUUGUGUUGUGAUGUUUCUUCUCAACAUCAAUCAAAGCAAUAGCAGGGAGUCUGAAUCCUUGGCAUAAAGACUGCAGGACUAAAGCAAAAUAUAAUGACUGGCAAUAUCCUGCCUCGAAAGCUUUUAAGCAAAGCUGUACAUCUCAAGUCUGUGGUACGAACGCUGAAGAUCCUACAGUCUCCAAGAAUGCCGAUCUGGAAUUUAAGACAAGUCUUAACAGUUCUGUUAUUUAUUUCAUUUAUGUUUUGAGUAAAUAAUGAAGAUUUUCUAUGCGCGCAGUACAACAGACAUCUGUGAAUAGCAGUUAUUUAGGAAGGGGCAGUCAGUUAUUUUAUUAUUUAGUUUUUUGAUUUCUGGUAGAUUUAAACAUGAUCUGCAGUAUCUUUUGUUGUGCGCAUUGUGGUGCCCUAGUCUGCUAUCGUGUUGCUUUAGUGCCAUCUAGUGGUGAUAAGUGAUUGUCUCACUUGACUUCAGCUGUAAUCUAUUCCAGUUUGUUUCCACGUUGCCUAUUCACACCCAUGCAAACAGUAGUGCUGGAAACCUUUCAUUCAGAGUUAACACAAUAAAAAGCAGACAAAUGGGUAUCGGAUUCAAUAUCAGGGAUGAGAGGAGGUGCCUUACUGAGAAAAGGGAUAAAAAGUCAGACUUAAAUGCAGGAAGAAAACAUGGCGCCUUGAAGAAUUGAACUAUGAAUAGGAGACACAAGUUCACAUGAAAUAAGCAAUGGCCUGCUUGCAGGAACUAGCCUCAGAACACACACAUACACACAGAGUACACGCUCGGGUGUUGGAUGAUUUUUUUCACGUGUCCAUCACUGCGUAAUGAGUGUGGAACCAGGAGGAUCCAACCAGAGACAUGGGUUAGUUAAGAACCAGGUUCACUGACUGGGACCAAUAAUAUUGAACAGCUUGCCCUGUAAUCUCGCACCCAGUUAUAGCAUUCUGCGCUUGUUUUCAGUUACUGGUUCCCUCUUCUAAACGUAGUGGUAUUUCUAGACCAGAAUGGUCAGUCAUCAAAGACUAAACACCCUGCCCUAGUUCCUUUGCUGACCCAGUAAUGUAUAUUGUAUAGAUCUGGUUAGCAGGGCCUCUUUGUACUGUUGAGCAAGCACUAGCCAAUUUCUCAGUAUUAUGAAGAUGAUGUCAAUUUCUAAUUACUUUCCGUUUUAUGAAGAAGAUGUGCACAAAUGAUCUGGAGGUAACUUCGAUUUGCGUUUGUGAAUUGCGUGCAGCGAUUAUCGAUUCUGUUCUAGGAAUCUCUAGAAGUGUCUCGGAAACUGCCUCCCGAUACCAGCAGAGAAUGAAAAACUAAGAAUGCCAAACAUUUUGCCUCAAUCAAAGAUGAGCUGCACAACGCCGAGAAUAACAUGCCCAAGUGAAUUAGAGAUUAUUAGUUUAAUUUCCGCUCUGCAGUUUCCAGUUUUGCUCCUUCAGUCAGGAGGCUGUAAUAAGAGUUUCAAACUUCCUGACUGCUGAAAAUACAAAUGCUAUUUAUUCUCUUAUCUCUCACCUCCCCUCUGGUUUGAUGAUCAUUUUUAAUUCUUAAUCAUUUUUAAAACAUAAAUGGUUUUGUUCUGAAAAGGUAAAAUAUUGAUGACUGUGGGAAUGUGAAUGUUUAUUUCUUUUUUCAUUCUCCUCUAAUUUCUUAUUUUGUUCUUAGUUUCCUGAUUUUAAUUUCUUUGCACUGUUUUUGUUUUGUAUAAAUCUUCUAUUGCUAUUGAUUUAUGGAUAUGCAUAAACAUGCUCUUGAUGUUGUUUCUUGUUAUGUAUGCUGUCACUUUUGAGAGAGAUAAGGCUGGGAUUGUGCUUCCCUCCUUGUUCUCUUUUAUAUUGUGUCAUUAGACGUUUCUCCAUAUAUUCUCCCAUCUAAACGUUAAAGGAUUGUGUUUUAAUGAUGUGCACAGUUUAAAGAGGAGCAUUACAAUUACAAACAAAAAGUACUGUUUACAUAUACUGUUCAUCAUCUUUGUAAAGUGUAGAGGUUUAAAAAGAUAACUUCCAGUGAUUACAGUUUUAAGGUUUCAUAAAUAAAUAAUAAUAAAAAAAAAACUUAAUUCGAGGUGCUGUAAUUAUUCGUGAACUGGCCGAAACAAAUGCCUCGUGCUUGCCGCCGUCUCAAUGAGGUGUAAUCUGCCAUUGCUUUCUGAGCCAAUAAAUUAAUUUAAA